GCUCCCAUUCCUCACGGAGUUGAACAAACACUGAGCUCAGUCCCUGCCUCCCAGACCCUCCAGCGUAGGGAGCCUGCUGUUCUGAAAUCUGUGAUUAACUUUGUGAAGUCAGAUCCGAACUGGCAAGCUGGGAGCAGUUUGGCAAACAACACAAGAAUUCCGAGUGGAGAGACUGAGAGAGCAAGGAGCGAGAGAGAGAGAGAGAGAGAAGAGCAAAGGGAGAGAGACAGAGAGAAACAGACAGUGAGAGAGAGAAAAAGGAAGGACAAACACAGUGAGAGAGAUAGAGACACCGUGAGAGAUUUAGAGAGUGUUUGAAAAAUCUCAAAAGAGUGGAUUAUUCUCUCAUCUGCCUCUGUCACUGGGUCUUUCUGCAAAAUUGCCUCCUGGUUCCGAGGUGAAACCCCGUUGCCCCCUCCCAAGCCCCCGGCCUCUGCUGUCUCCCACUUUGAGGACAUGAUGUUGAUCCUGAUCCUGCUUCUGGCCCUCUCUCUGCCACACUUUCGUACUCAGCAAGUGGAGGAAGCUGUCAGUUACACGCAGUGUACUGAUGGCUAUGAAUGGGACCACCAGAGGCAACGUUGUCGAGACAUAGACGAGUGCGAGACCAUCCCUGGGGCCUGCAAGGGAACCAUGAAAUGCUUCAAUCACUACGGGGGCUAUCUGUGCCUGCCUCGCUCAGCCUCCAUUAUCACCCACAACGACGUGCCCCCCAACAACGAGGAGGAUGCAAACCCCCCCCAGGUCACGCUGGCGGCCGGCUCUCACCCGCAGGUCCCCGCUGGGGGCUCCAACCCCUGUUCGCAGGGGUACAGCCUCAACCAGGACGAGCAGUGUGUAGACAUUGACGAGUGUGAGCUGGAUAUUCACAGCUGCCAACCAAGUCAGGAAUGUGUGAAUACGGACGGCGGGUUCAACUGCAAAUGCCCAGAGGGUUACCGCCUGGUUGGCACGGAAUGUAUCGACAUCAACGAGUGUCACUUUCGGUACUGUCAGCAUCGGUGUGUGAAUUCCCCCGGAUCUUUCACUUGUCAGUGUGAGCCCGGUUUCACCUUGGGGAGAGAUAACCGCUCCUGUGUUGACGUGGAUGAGUGUGCGAUGGGAGCGCCGUGCGAGCAACACUGCUUCAACACCUACAGCUCCUACGUGUGCCGCUGCGAGCAGGGCUACGAACUCAGCGACAAUGGUCAAAGUUGCAAAGAUAUCGAUGAAUGCAGUUACUCCAAUUACCUGUGUCACUAUCAGUGUGUCAAUGAGCCAGGCAGCUUCUCCUGUGUCUGCCCUGAUGGGUACCAACUGCUGGGCACCAGAAUCUGCCAAGAUGUGAACGAGUGUGAGACAGGUCAGCACCAGUGUACCGAGGAGCAGAUGUGUACCAAUGUGUAUGGUGGCUUUCGGUGUGUGCCGAAGAACCAGUGCCAGGAGCCCUACGUGCAGGUCUCAGACAACCGCUGCGUGUGCCACUCAGCCAGGCCAGGAUGCCAGGAUAAACCCACCUCAAUUGUGUACCGCUAUAUGAGCAUCACGUCAGAGAGGAGUGUCCCCUCCGACAUCUUCCAAAUUCAAGCGACCAGCAUCUAUCCCGGGGCCUACAACACCUUCCGCAUCAAAGCUGGAGAUGAGAACGGGGAUUUCUACAUCAGGCAAAUGAACAACAUCAGUGCGAUGCUGGUGCUGGCCCGGCAAAUGACAGGCCCCCAGGAUUUUGUGGUGGAUUUGGAAAUGGUCACUGUGAACCCCGUCAUGACUUACCAGUCAAGUUCCGUCCUCAGGCUGACCAUUUACGUGGGCGCCUACCCUUUCUAGGCAGGCUGCCCUGACCACUCCGGCAAACCCCCACACCCCCCCCGACCCCACGCCUCGCUGUCCAAGGAAUCAUCUCUCGUCUUAAUGCAGACCCAAAACACAGUGUUGAAAACGGACGUACCACGUUUAAAGCCUCUGACAUCUUUUUCGGCGACCAACUUCGCAGAGUUCGUGCUACCUAGUUCCUUUGCGGUGGCGGGAACGUGCCCACUCACCCCUCCCCGGGGGGCGUUUUACGGGGUGACGUGUUCGUCGCGAGGCCCUGUGACAAUGGACGUAACAGAGAGAAAAAAAAUAAACCCGCUCUCCGGUAAAAUGUU